AUGCAAGUGCAGGGCAAUGACAAGAUCUACAAGGGCGUGUGGCAGGCCCGUGCGGCGGCGGCAGCCACAGAGGCAGCGGCGGCGGCGGCGGCAGCGGCAGCGGCAGCAGCGGCGGCAGCAGAGGGCUUGGUGCACAUGGCGCGCACUGAGGGCAUGCGGGGCAUGAUGAAGGGCAACUGGACCAAUUGCGUGCGCAUCAUCCCCAACAGCGCGAUGAAGUUCUUCACCUUCGAGCAGCUCUGCAGGCUCAUAUCCGACCGGCAGCUGGAGGCCACCGGCAGCGGCGCCCUCACGCCGGGGCUGCGGCUGAUGGCGGGCGCGGGCGCGGGCAUUGUGGCGAUGAGCGCCACGUACCCCCUGGACAUGGUGCGGGGGCGGCUGACCGUGCAGGAGGGGCGCAACGUGCAGUACACUGGGAUCGUCCACGCGGCGCGCACCAUCCUCAAAGAGGAGGGCGCGCUGGCGUUCUACCGCGGGUGGCUGCCGAGCGUGAUCGGCGUGAUCCCCUACGUGGGCCUCAACUUUGGGGUUUAUGAGACCCUCAAGGCCUCGCUGCUAACGCACUACGGCCUGAGGGACGAGCGGGAGCUGUCGGUGGCGGCGCGGCUGGGGUGCGGUGCGCUGGCGGGCACGACGGGGCAGACGGUGGCGUACCCCUUUGAUGUCGCGCGGCGGCGGCUACAGGUGUCUGGGUGGCAGGGCGCGCGGGAGCUGCACAGCGACCACGGCAGCGUGGUGGCAUACCGCGGCAUGACGGACUGCUUCGUGCGCACAGUCCGCGAGGAGGGCAUGCAGGCGCUGUUCAAGGGUUUGUGGCCCAACUACCUCAAAGUCGUCCCCUCCAUCGCCAUAGCCUUCGUCACCUAUGAACAGGUCAAGGAGUUCCUGGGGGUAGAGAUUCGCAUCAGCGAGUAG